AUGGCUCCGUCGCUAUCGAGAGGACCGUCCGUGAGAGGGCGAGCGUCGCUGUCCCAUGAAACGCACCCCCGUAGCCCGUCUACCCAUUCGCACAGCGGUCCCUUUGGAGGCUUGAAGAGGGCGCUCACCGGGGGAGGCACGCGCAGCGUGAUCAGGAAGAACACCACCCGCAAGGGCAGCAAGUCGUCCAAAGCCGGUGGUCCAUCUGCCCACGCGCACAACCGCGACAUUUCCUUCCCAAUCAACGAGCACGAACCGCACCACCACCACCAUUAUGCGACCGACCACUUGAUGCACUAUAAUGAUGGGAAGAGCGCAAAGGCCGAGAACUUCUUCGGGGUGUUCCUGAGCCUGCUGCGCUGGAAGAAGAAGCUCAUCCUCAAGACGAGCAAGGGAAAGCACCAGGACACUGAGCUCCUGAUGGCGUGCCCCUUCUUCCGCCUCGAUCCCUUCCGGUACCAGCGCUGCCUGGGCAAAUACGAACUCCGCCGCUUCUCCGACGUCAAGCAGCACCUCGAGCGAUGCCACUCGCCGGGCCACUACUACUGCGACAACUGCCAACAGACCUGGACCAAGGAGGGGCCAUGGAACAGCCACAUGAAGAACGGAUGCAAUGGCGAGGCUGCCGCCCCCGACCCGGACAAGAUCCCCAUCGACAAGCUCGACUUCCUUAAGAAGCUGCCCCGAGGAGCCAGCGACGCGGAGAAAUACAGGAUGAUGUGGAAGGAGUUCUUCCCGGGAGAGCCUCCUGACCCGUAUCUACGCGACAUACCGACCGAGGCGACAUCGCAGCUUCGCCAGAUCCAGGAGCCGACACUGCGACACAGCGUGCUUCCGGCCCUGCUGCGCAAGCACGGCGUGGACCUGGGCCGCAAGGAGACCCAGGCAUUUGUCGAGGAGAUCCUUGCCGAGGCCUACAACCUGAAUCAUUCGCGUCCUCCCGCGCCUGUCUACCGGCAGGAUCCGGGCCAUCCAUCACUCCCUUCGAGCUCGGCGUCACCACAGAUGGGCGGCGGCGGCUUCAUUAGCAACCGCCGGUCACUCCACCAGUCUCCAGAGGAGCUGCAGCAACCCUUCCGGCAGCCCAAGAUGAAGCCAGAGCUGUCGCUGGAUGUUGACUUUGCCAGCAUCCCGCAGCAUCAGCCGCAGCAUCAGCCGCUCAUGGAGCCCGUCAGCGCCCACUCGCUCGUGCACAGCCCGGCCGUCAGCAUUGGCGAGGGCUUUGAUACAGGUACUUUCGAUGGCACUACGAUGAACCCAGCCUUCUCUCAGUACAGCCAGCACCAGCCCAGCGUCGACUCGUACCUGUCACCGACGAUCCCGCAGCCCAUGACGACCGGCUUCAACCAGAUGAGCUCGCACUACGACAAUGUCUCACCUACGACGCAGAAUCUACCCAUCAUCGGCGGCCCUAGCCACUCUGGCCCGCCGUCCCUCAUCUCCGAGAAUGGCGCCGUCUCCUUCAACCUCGACGACUGGUCCAGCCUCGACGCCGGCCCCGGCCCCAUGAAGCUGGACGAGCCGCAGUUGAUGCCGCAGUUCAGCGCGCAGCCGCCGGAUCCUACACCUGGAAUCAUGGUGUUCCCGCCGGCGGCUAAUUACCACCAGAUGUCUUUCCGCAAGUGCUGGGCCUGCGAGCAUAAUCAGGCUCUGGAGUUUUGUACUUGCGAGUCGCCGAUCCCGGACCGGCAGAUGAUGUGA